GACCGGCGUUCUUCGUUUCUUUGAUGAAUGCUUCGUGAUUGUCCUUUAUUUUUUCAUUUGUUAUUUACCCAUCUCUAAGAUCCUCGCAACAUCGCCAUUUCAUGAAGACCUGGAAGCAUGCACUACGCAUACAGUAAUUCUUAAUCAUCCUCAAUCAACAUGUCGUUCUUACGAAAUCGCACCAACUUUCAAACUGAUGUGGACGACGAUGAUAGAAUUCCUAGUCAAGCCGACGAAAGUGUUUUAUUUCAGACAACAAAAAGAACCGUCCGACACUCUCAGCAAUUAGUUCGCAGCCAGAUUCUAAACCCAAAACUAACCCAAGAUCGAAGAACUAAAGCACGAGAUGCAUUGGCAGCGGUGCGAGGCGCUGGCGAUAAAUUGAGAGGGAUCAGUCUCCUUAGUGGUCUAGCUAGCAGUCCUGUGACAGAUGUCGUCCCUGCAAGUGCCACAGGCGAUGAACUGCCUCCGGUAUCAGGCUUGGAGUGGACCGACGGACCAACUGCGAAUACUAAAGGGCCGGCUAGAAGAGGAAGAUGGGGUUGGAUGGCUCAUUCACCUAACGUCAUAGCUGACCUCAAAAACUUUAUGCCACUCCAAUUUGAGUUUCCUCCACACCCGGAAGGAGACCGCAGUAAUGAUUGGUUUCAAAAUGCAUAUGCCGUCUUAUUUGAUCGAAUCAUUGGAUUUGCUAAAGAUUAUUUUGGGUUUCAAGAUUUAGAGGGAGGUUUCAAUGAGCCUUGGGCCAUUGACAUGCCAGAUGAGUUUUACAGAUACGUGGAGCUUAUAGCUGAACCAGAUCCUGUAGUUGGAGGAUGGGAUGAGAUGUUAAAACAUACGGCGACGAGGAAAUUUCUUAUUGUGGGUAUUAUAGUGAAGAUAUUGGAGGUGAAAGUUUUUGCACCGAAUCUAUGGGGAAAUACUAAAGAGGGGGAAGAUCUUCUGCAUAGUUUAGAUCGUGCACUUCUGGAUAGUGAAGGUAUGGACUUCAAAUUCCUAGAAAAUGGACUUGUACCAUUAAUAUUUUACUUAUAAAUUCUUAUCUGCAGGCUACAGUCGUCAGCAACUCCGCGGCAAAUCUAUUCGCAUUCUCCUAGGAGGAGCAUCCGUAACCCCCAACUUUCACAAAGAUUGCACGACCCUCACAGCACAAAUAAUCCUUCUCUUGGGCCCUCUUUUUGACUACCUCUCCCUUCUUCCCGCUCCCCGCAACACCGCCAUUCCCCAAUCUACAGCGCUAUAUCAAUCCCUCCACAACAUAAUCUCAAGCGCGGCCUACCUUUCCCUCUGUACACGUAUCUCUCCAACCAUAAUGCACAUCACAUCUCUCAUUCCAGGCAGCCCCUACAGUCCAGAAGAACACACAUCCAUCCUUCAAUCAUCGUGGACUCUUUCUAAAAGUCUCAUUCAGACUACAUGGACCAGAGAUCAUGAACUGAUGGAAGCUGAACGCGCGCAGGCCGAAGGCUAUAGAAUCGGCUAUGAAGUUGCCGGACCUGCCCGCCAGCAGUCGAAAGCAGGAAUGCUUGCUCUUCACAGGUUUCUCGAUGCUCAAAGGAAAUUGGCUGAACAUAAACCACCUGGAUAUACGCAUCGGGCGAGUGUUAAGAUUGCAGUGUGGCCUUUUACUCGAAGAUAUUGGGCUGGGAAUUCAAAACCAGGGGGUGACAUGGAUGGACAAAGUGUCUUUAAUGUUACUGGUGCUGGAGCGGUAUUUUAUUAUAAAGAAAUAGAUAAACCUGUCGAGUCACUUUUCGAUUUUGUUGCACAAAAAAAGAAGAUGGUUCAAGGCAGAUACAAAAGAGAGAGGGAUUUUCUAGCCAUGUUGGGGUUUUUAUUUUUAGGAGUAUUCCUAGUUUCUUACUGUGUUGUUGGAUGGGUCGGAACGAUAGCUUGGAUGAAAGAAGUUCUAAGUGGCAUCAUCGGGUUCCUGAAACAGUGCAAGAGAAAAGGAAAAGAGGCAGUUCUUACCGCUUAUGAAUAUUCUGGAUCUCCAGGUGCAGAUUGGUUGGCGAGAAUGAGAAAUUAUCCUCUAGGUGAUGUUAAGGAUGCUUAUUCAAAAGCAACAGAUGGUGUCAAGGAGACCUACGAUACAAUUUAUUCAAAAGCAAUGGAGAAUGCUCAGGAAGGAUAUGAUGCGUAUGCGAGUCAAACAUCAAACGCAGGAGAGGCUUAUGAUGCAUUUACUUCAAGGGCAAAGGAUGGACUCAAGGAAGAAUUUCAACAUGGAACGUCCAAGGCUGGGAGUAUGUAUGAUAAGUUUACUUCAAAAGCUAAAGAAGGUGUUCAGGAUGGUUUUGCUGCUUAUUCUUCUAAAAGUUCGUCUUCGGGUUCGGGAGGUUUGGGAGGUUUGGGAGGUUUGGGAGGUUUGGGAGGUUUGGGAGGUUUGGGAGGUUUGGGAGGUUUGGGAGGUUUGGGAGGUUCGGGAAGUUCGGGAGGUUCGGGAGGCUUGGCGGGUGGUGUCUAUGAAAAGGCUUCGGCUAAGGCAAGUGGUGUGGUGGAGGAUGCGUAUGAGACGGCUUCGAGCUCUGCGACAAUGGUAUAUGGAUUGGGGUAGUUGAGAAGGAAGGAGGAUUUGUGUGUUUAUAUUUUUUUACGUUGUUGGUUUGGUCUGGUUGUGGUUUGGUAUAGUAUAGUAUAGUGUAG